CCCCGGCCGCGCGCCGCCUGCGUCACCCAACUCGCCAGCCUGGCGCGAGCCGGGCCGGGCUCUGACGCCUCAUCAGGCUACCUCUAAGCCCCGCCUCCCGGGGGGAGCCGAGGCGGCCACGCCCCCAUCUCAGCCUACAGCUGCUCGCGUCGGACUCGGACCCGGGCUGUCAGCGGGGAGGGGUUCGGCCUGGAGCAGGUAUAACAAUGGAUCUAGUCCUGAACUAUGUAGAUUACAACUUUUUUACACCAUAUGUGUAUCCAACCACAUGGCCAGAGGAUGAGCCCUUUCGACAGAUCAUCAGUCUCCUUAUUGUAACAAAUCUUGGUGCACUUGUGCUUUAUUUGCUGUUUGCAACUUUGAGCUACUACUUGGUUUUUGAUCACUCUCUGAAGCAACACCCCCAGUUUCUAGAGAAUCAGGUGCAGCUUGAGAUAAAAUAUGCUCUCCAGUCACUUCCCUGGAUCAGCAUCCCCACAGUUGCACUCUUCUUUGCAGAGGUCAGAGGUUACAGCAGGCUUUAUGACAACAUUGAAGACUCUCCAUAUGGAUGGUUUGGUGUAAUCCUUAGCAUGCUCUCUUUCCUUUUCUUCACCGACAUGUGCAUUUACUGGAUUCACAGGUUCCUCCAUCAUAAACUUGUGUACAAGCGUCUGCACAAGCCCCAUCACCGCUGGAAGGUUGCUACGCCAUUUGCAAGUCACGCCUUCCACCCUGUGGAUGGUUUCCUGCAGAGUAUUCCAUAUCACAUCUAUCCUUUCCUCUUUCCUUUGCACAAGGUGACCUACUUGGGUCUCUACAUCGCUGUCAAUGUCUGGACAAUCUCUAUUCAUGAUGGCGAUUACCGCGUGCCAGAUUUCUUGAAACAUGCUAUCAAUGGCUCUGCCCAUCACACUGAUCAUCACUUAUAUUUUGAUUACAACUAUGGUCAGUAUUUCACACUCUGGGAUAAAAUUGGGGGCUCCUACAAAAGCCCCUCUUCCUUUGAAGGGAAAGGGCCACAUGAUUAUUUGAAAAAGCUAAAGAGCGGAGAAUUGGCCAGUUUUAAAAAUGACCAUGCAGAUGAAGAUUUGAUGAACAGAGACAGUCUAAAGAAUAAAUAGAUCUUCUCAAGCUGAUUGUAAAAAGGCCCUGACUUUCCCUUUUGUUUUUAGAAGGAAAAGCCUGCUUCUAAAGAAAGCCCUUCCCCUAUUAUCAUUCUUGGGAUGAAAACAUUUUAGGUGCCUACUAAGGUUAUUAUGGUGGAGUUACAUAGUUAAGUACCACAAUACAGUCCCAUAAUGGGGACCAUUUAUGGUGAGGGUAAAAAGCAUAAGACCUAUGUAAUGUCUAAUGUUGAUGCAACAUUGAAAAGAUUUUCUGCAGCACUUCAUACAAAUGUCACUGCAUUGAAAUUAGGACUGCCUUUUAUAGCAUAAUGCAUUAGGGUAGAAUUUAAAUAAGUUAUGCUCUAACAGCAGUAACUAUCUUUUUUGCUAUAUUCAAAAGCUUUCUCCUGAAAGUACACUUCUACCCUGAUAUAACAUGACCCAAUAUAACACAAAUUCUGAUAUAAUACAGUAAAGCAGUGCUCUGGGGAGGGGGGGCUGCACACUCUGGUGGAUCAAAGCAAGUUUGAUAUAACGCGGUUUCACCUAUAACACAGCAAGUUUGUGUUUGGGUUUUUUUUGCUCCCGAGGACAGCGUUAUAUCAAGGUAGAGGUGUACCAUUGUUCCAGAUAGUAAGUUCUCUCUGCACAGUGAUAACGUACUGGGAAUUUUGCUAAUUGAACAAGGAUGCUAUAGGUGGCACUAUACAGAAACUUCAGUAUUGCUGCAAUAUUGGUGCAGUGUACUUAAAAGGAAAAUUGUUUGAAUGAAGGAAGAGACACUUGAGGAAAUAUAAAUUAAUGCUUUGCAUGUGGAAUGUGACAGUACACUCUUCUGCAUAUAAAUACCUGUAGCUUAAUAAAAGAUGGCACGCACAUUUUCCAGAAACUUACUUAUCCAGCUAACUUUUAAAGAUUAGCUUAGUAUUAAAAUAGAAACCAUCUGAAUCAAAACUGAACUAAUGUUGUUCUGGUAGAAACUUUGUGUAUUUUAAAACAGGAAGAUAGACCAGGCCUACUAUUUUUUUAAAAAAAUCUUACGCUGUCCAUAUAAAUAAACUAAAUGUUGAAUUGUUUGACUGGACCUAUCCAUGCUAUCGCAUUGUCUAGUUAACUAGAACAUACAAAUUUGGGCAGCUGGGAAAAAUAAGUAUUGCCUUAUACUUGGGCUUAAUGAAUUUGAAAGCAUGAGCUCCCAUUUCUAAUUUCUCUAAAAUGUCUUUUGAACAACAGCAUAACUUUUUGCAUGUUGUGUAUAGCUUUUUAGGACUGAUAGCAUUUGCUACAAAUAAAGUAAUAUAGAAUACAAUUACUUUUAUAAUGUACUUCAAUUUUCCCAAUCAAAUCAUGCAGAAUGAUAUUGCAUAAAGUAAGUGUAGGAAUCUACAGACUACUGUACUUCCAAGAAGCCUUCAGUAUUUUACAAACAGGGUAAUUUCUCUAGCUUUAGGUUUAUAGCAUCAGGAAUUCUGUCCUUGAGAGAAAAUUCUCAAUCUGAGUUUUUGUAGUCUUUUGACAAAUGUAUUUAUAAUUCCUGUGGAAAUCAGCUGGCAGAUAAAAAUCCUACAGUAAUACUGUACCUUUUGAAGGAAGGAAAACUUUAAUUGUGGCCACUGUUUUCAGAGAGGCUGGGAAAUACUUACAGGCUACUGUUAGCUUUCCUAAACUGUGGUGUGACGUGAAUGUUACCAGUUGUCUUAUUGGCUUUCUGUUUGCUGUUUUGAUUUUUUUUUUUUUCCUCCCCUCUUAGCAUUUGACAGUGUUACUUUUGAAGACCAAGCAAAAAUAUUUUUAUCGUGCAGACAUGCACUGCACUAAAUCUCACAGCUUUGAUUAGAACAGUGUAUUUAAAAAAAAAUAAAUCCUGAAGACAGUGUAAGGAACAGUUCUAUUUUACAGGUCUCUCUCUGACAAUUUAAAUGUUAGUUGAUUGGUUUAUCUUACCUAGGCUUUACCUAGUUUUUUAAAAACUGCUUACAAGAGAUUAAAGCUUGACUGCUUCUAAUAGUUUACCUAGCAUUACAAAAUUACCCAACAGGAGGAGAGAGAUGAAGAGUGUGUGGGGGUUCCCCCCUUUCAGGAAGCAAGGAUCCCCUGGUAUCGUAGCAGUGUAAUGUUUUUUUAUCUUGCAUGGCAGUAAAAGUUCCCUUAUGCUUUAUCUGUAGUGAAAUAGUUUGAAGGGGGAGCAGGAUAGAACCUGCCUUAAAGGCAAAAAAGCUGUGUAGUUGCCUUGUAGCCAAAACUUGGUAACCGUGUAGGAAAACACUAUAAAACGUGCAAUCCUGGCUUCCCCCUUGCAUGAUAAGAGAACCCUGUGCCCUGCCCACUCAGCAGCCUCAUCCCCUCCUGGAGGGUCAGUUGAGAAUGGAACAGAGCAACCACUGGCUAGAGGUUUCAGCCCUAACAGGGCUCUCUCCACUUCCCCAGGCCCUCUGCAGCAAGAUGACCUGCCCUGUGCUGCCAUGGUCUUGAAUCCCUCCACUAUCUGGGGGAGCUGCAUACUGGAUUCUGAUCUAUGCUGCUCUGAGCUAGAGAAAUAGCACAGUGGCUGUGCCCUGGAGUUCUUAUCCAGGCAGUUUCAGUGGCGCCUCAGAAGCCUGGUGCUUGCUCAGCAGGACGCUGGCUGGCUGGCAUGCACCAAAGCUGUUGCUCCCAUUGCUGUCACUCUACUUCUGAACACUUGGUGCCUGGGAGAAUUGGGGAGCAUGUGAGGUUUGGUUUAUGAAAUGCAUUAAACACUACUCCUGUGGGGCCUUAUUCUGCUCUUGUGUGCCCAACUCACUAAUUCAUCUAGGAGCAGACAGUGGGUGUUGUAAAAUAGACAGACUGAGAUCAGAAGGGGGGCUUAGAAAGGGUGUUUACUUUUCAAAAAAAAAAAAACCCACAAACCUCUAGGUAUGAUCAUGAAGAACCUUCUCCUUGCCCCCCCCCCUUACAGUUCCUACUGUGGUAUGUUUUUUAUUAUGGGUGUUCAGAAAGCACUUCUAGAAUAUAUAGACAGAAUAGGAAACACCCGCCCCCCCCAAUGGAAACCAAAUGCCUUAAAGGGAGAACAAAAUAAUGCCUCUAGGGCUUGGUUUUUCAGGGAUGCUGACCAUCUGCAGCACCCGCUGCCUUCAGCUGAAAGUCAGUCCCCGGCUCUGUUCAUAAAUUGGUUAGCAAAAUGCUAAUGCACAGAGUGCCAUUAGGUAGCGGCCCUUAGAACAGUUAACGCAUAGAAUAAAUGGAUAAUCAAAGUAGGAAAAAGGUGGCAUGCAUUAGGAGAAGGCUGUUCUGACAGUGUGAGCUUGUUCACCAAAUGCUAUGCACUGUUGGUUAUUGCGCCAUAACUAGUAUAUUCUCCAUAAACUAAAUAUGCCAAAUAACUAAAUACUUGAAGAGCAGUGGGUGAGGAGGGGAGCAGGCACGUAAGUUGAGAUGGUAAGAGCAGUUUAGAGUGGAUAGAUGUGUUCCUCUCCAUGCAAUUCAUGUCAACAGCAAGGAAAGGCGUUCCCAACAUCUUUGGGCAACACUACCCAAUUUGCUGGACUAAGACUUUAUCUCUGACACCUUCCUUCCAAGAUGUGCUGCAGGUUUCCAGGCUGCACAGGGAGUUGAAGUGCAUGCAAUUUGACUAAGGGAAAGAUAUCUGGAACUCACAAGCCCCUGUAUUAAAGCAGAGGAUACCAGUUGGUGGGAACCUCCUGUCUUGCCGUGUUCUCCAGUUCAGUUUUGGCAAGGCAGGGUGUGGAUACAGGUUGGUCAGCUGUUUCCAACUUUAGAAACUUCUGAACAAAGCAAACUCCUGCCUGCUGGUCCCUCCCAGUGGCUAAGUGAAGUGAGAUGCAUGCACAGCAGAUUUCCAACAGACUGUCUCUGGUUCAUAUUGUAAACAAGUAAAGCGGUUUGCACAGCCCUUUACCCUUCCUGAAAACUAGAGCCAUGGAGCAGAGCGGCAGAAGAGGGUUCAUAGUAUGUUGUGUAAAUAACAAGUGAAGUUACUGUAUGAAGGUUGUGUUGAAAGGAGUUGUUGCAGACCAGUGUGUGUUGGUCUUCAAUUCUAAUGUUUUCUGAACCAGUAAUAAAGUCUGCAUUUUAAAUGAA